AUGGAAGGCGAAAGAGUUGUUGUAAUCGGAGGUGGAAUAAUUGGCACAACAACAGCAUUCAUGCUCAAAUAUCAAAACCCUAACCUAAAAGUCCUUCUUCUCGACAGGUCUCCUGACGUUGCCCAAGACUGCUCACAUCAAAAUGGUGGAGUGCUUACAUACUCAUUCCAUCACCCUUGAACCCGACUCCAGUUCCUUUGGACUGGUUUCAAAGGUAUGUUUUCAAGUGAAUCAUGCUCCUCUAUCAGCAACAAAGCAUUUUGAAACUUUAAUUUCUGGGUCUGGAAUACCAGAUUCCUUUUUAGCAGUCUCUUCCAAAACUACAAUCAAAAAGAACACGAUAUACACUUAUUUGGAAAAAGAAGCUAUUUAUUGCAUGAAAGCAUUAGAAAGGACUUAUCGAAAAGUCAUAAAGAAGAUCUCGAUUCUUAUUUAGGAAAAGAUGAUGGGCUAUUAGAUGUUAUGACCACUGUAAAAAGCUUCCAAUCAUUGAAAAAGUGGGGAUUGGAGCUGAACCAUAAUCAUGAAGAGAGAGUUAGAGUCCAUUCGACCAGACAAACCUGUGCAGAAGGCGAGCCAAAUUUGAAAGACUGGAGAGGAGAAAUAGUGGGAUGCAUUAAAAACGAGCUUGAAACACAGUGUGCAUUUGACUCUUAUAGCAUGACCAAAGCUUUUGCUAAUAUUUCAGCCAAAUUAGGGGUUGAAAUUCUUUAUAAUGCUGAAGUUACUGAGUUUAAAAAAGAAGGAAACUAAGAACUAAUUAUCUAUUAACGUUUAACGUCUCCUACGGGGUUGCCGCUUCCAGAGCUACCACCAUAUUUGUACACGUGUCGGGCCCAGAGACCGCUGGGCCGAUUCCUUUCGGUACACCAAGGCACGAGCAAAUAAGGCGUUCCGGCUUCGACGGGCUUUGCUGCCGCCACGGCUUUGUUCGACUCAGCUCCUGCGCGUGUUCCGCCUGAGGGUCCAUCUCCCUUGGGAUGUGCUGAGGGGUAAAACUCCAGAUCUUGAGCGCACUGAGGAGCAGUUCCUUUGGUUAUCCCCAAAGUUAAACCGCUAUUGCUGUGCAGAAGUUCUUGAGGUAAAAACCCAACACUAUAAAUAAAAUUGCUUGAGUGAGAGAAAGUUAGCAGAGCUAACUUCGCUCGAGCGAAAGCCAUUUUAUUUAUAAAAAAGAAGGAAACAAAGUCACAGCUCUUGCAUUGAGUGAUGGGAAAAUUAUUGUAGCUGACAAAUUUGUGAUAUGCAGUGGAGUACACUCAAGAGAACUAGGAGAAAAGCUUGGUUGGGCUAUUCCUGUAUGGCCAGCAAAAGGUUAUUCUUUUAACAUCAAAACAAAUAGGCAGCUUAAAACUUCAAUUCAUUAUGGAGGGUCUAAUCCUUUCUACUUAUGCCCAGUGAAGCAAGGAAUCAGAUAUAGUGGAAUUGUAGAAUUUACAACAAUUGACGACAAAGAAAUGGACCCUAAAAAAGUUGAGUAUAUGCAAAGAACAUUAAGAGAUAUGUCAGGGUGGACUGAUCUUAAGUUUGAAAAUAAUUGGGUUUGUUUGAGGCCUGUCAGCAGUGAUGAUAUGCCAAUUAUAGGAAAAUUCCCGAAACUUGACAAUGUCUUUGUAAAUACAGGACAUGGAAGCAGAGGAUGCAUAUUUGCGUUUUCCUCAGCUGAGCUACUUUCUCAACUAGUUCAAGGAAAAGUGCCAAUUACUGAUCCUAGACCAUAUUCGCCUUCGAGAUUCUACUUAUAG